AUGUGUUUCAGGAACCUCCAUAACAUCUUCAGAAAGAGUAUCGUGGCGGGGCGAGUCGCCGUCCGACGUCUGGGCGUAAGGCGUCUCUGGGACCGGGGUCUCUCCGCAGCAGACAUGACGAAGGGCCUUGUUCUAGGAGUCUAUUCCAGAGACAAAGAAAAUGAAGUGCCACCGUUUACAAGUGCAGGAGAGAAUUUCAAUAAAUUGGUGGAUGGAAAGCUGAGAGAUGUUUUGAACAUAUCUGGACCACCUCUGAAGGCCGGCAAAACCCGAACCUUUUAUGGUCUGCAUCAGGACUUUCCCAGCGUGGUGGUAGUCGGCCUCGGCAAGAGGGCAGCUGGGGUGGACGAGCAAGAGAACUGGCACGAAGGCAAAGAAAACAUCAGAGCCGCCAUCGCAGCGGGGUGCAGGCAGGUCCAGGACCUAGAGCUGUCUUCUGUGGAGGUAGAUUCCUGUGGAGAUGCUCAGGCUGCCGCGGAAGGUGCCAUACUUGGUCUCUAUGAAUACGAUGACCUAAAGAAGAGAAAGAAGAUGGGUGUGUCGGCGAAGCUUUAUGGAAGCGGGGAUCAGGAGGCCUGGCAGAAAGGGGUCCUCUUUGCUUCAGGACAGAACCUGGCGCGCCAGCUGAUGGAGACCCCAGCCAAUGAGAUGACCCCAACCAGAUUUGCUGAAAUUAUUGAGAAGAACCUCAGAAGUGCUAGUAGUAAAACAGAGGUCCACAUCAGACCCAAGUGUUGGAUCGAGGAACAGGAGAUGGGCUCAUUCCUGAGUGUAGCCAAAGGGUCCGAUGAGCCUCCAGUUUUCCUGGAAAUCCACUACAGAGGCAGCCCCAAUGCAAGCGAAGCGCCCCUGGUGUUUGUUGGGAAGGGAAUUACCUUUGACAGCGGCGGCAUCUCCAUCAAGGCCUCCGCAAACAUGGACCUCAUGAGGGCUGACAUGGGGGGAGCCGCAACCAUCUGCUCAGCCAUUGUGUCUGCUGCGAAGCUCAAUCUGCCCAUUAACAUCAUAGGUUUGGCCCCUCUCUGUGAAAAUAUGCCCAGUGGCAAAGCCAACAAGCCUGGAGAUGUGGUCAGAGCCCGGAACGGGAAGACCAUCCAGGUGGAUAACACGGAUGCCGAGGGCCGGCUCAUCCUGGCCGAUGCCCUGUGUUACGCACACACCUUUAAUCCAAAGCUCAUCAUCAAUGCUGCCACCUUAACAGGUGCUAUGGAUGUGGCCCUGGGGUCCGGUGCCACUGGGGUCUUUACCAAUUCAUCCUGGCUCUGGAACAAACUAUUUGAGGCCAGCAUUGAAACUGGGGACCGGGUCUGGAGGAUGCCACUCUUUGAACAUUACACCAGACAGGUUGUAGAUUGCCAACUUGCUGAUAUCAAUAAUGUUGGGAAAUACAGAUCUGCUGGAGCGUGCACUGCGGCGGCGUUCCUGAGGGAGUUCGUGACUCAUCCCAAGUGGGCGCACUUAGACAUCGCGGGUGUGAUGACCAACAAGGACGAGGUUCCGUACCUGCGGAAGGGCAUGACUGGGAGGCCCACCCGGACUCUGAUCGAGUUCCUGCUUCGCUUCAGUCAAGAUGAGGCCUAGUUCUGACACUCGGAAAUCGCUGCAUAAGCCUUACAAUGGGCAGUUAAACUUAAAUAUUUUUGAAUGGAUAAAAGUCUUUUAAGACAACAAGGAUUGCAUUUUUAAAGUUAGAACAAAAUGAAAAUUUGUAUGCCUUGAUAUUUGAUUUUAUGCAAAGAUUUAUAAAGGUAAAGCUAA